AUGUCGACAUCUGGAGCGACGAACCACAGCAGUCCUCUCUCCUCAGGGGCAGAUUAUCCUCAGAGGGGUGUGGGUGUUGAAGCUGUCUCGCUGAAGCUGAGAGAGAGACAGCGCUUCUUUGAUGAAGUUUUCCAGCAGGAUAUGGAGAUCUACCUCUCCACCAAUCACCUUCACCUCCACAACAAGAAACCUCCGGUGGGCAGUAUCUCCUCUCUGGAGGUGAACGUGGACCUGCUGGAGCAAAUGGAUCUGAUGGAGAUCUCGGAUCACGAGGCUCUGGACGUCUUCCUGAACUCCGGCAACGAAACCGGCACCAUAUCAACCACCCUUACAGAGGAGGAUGAGGAGGAGGAUGAGCUGGAGGAUGAUGAAGAUAAGGAAGUUCUCUUUAGACCAAUGAGAGCAGAAUCCAGAUCCAGAACCUCGUCCACGUCCUCCAAUCAGGACAACAGCACCAGCGGCAGGGACACGCCCAUCGUCCAAUCAGACGAGGAGGAGGUACAGGUGGACAAUUUCUUGUUGACCUCCACGAAUCUGCUGGAUCAGGAUGAAGAGGAGGAAGAGGAGGAGGAGGAGACGACACCUGGACAGUCGUCAUAGCAACAACACCAGCCAAUCAAGCUAAAUCUUAACGAAUUCACUGUUAAUAGU